AUGUUUUUUAAUAGUUUACUCAUUUUCGCCUCCUUUUGUUUACGUGCUAUAUCCGCAUGUACUGGCUUCCAACCAGAGGCCAAGCUGAACAAGUCCUGGAACGUCACAAAUGAGACACAGACCACCAGCUCUUCUCUUUCGGCCUUGAGAUAUCAAAUAAAGUGUCCUUCCUAUCCACUCCUUCGAAGUGGUGACCAAAUAAGUCCUGAAGAAAAAGCGUAUGUCAUGCGCAGAAAGCAAGAAGCCAAGAAACAUGUUAUUGACCUUUUCACCCGCUUUAACAUUGAUGAAAUAAAUUCCAAUUUUUUUGACGGAUAUACCCCCAGUAUAGCUAUAAGCUUGUCAGGAGGCUCGUUCAGGUCUUUCCUUACCGCUGCUGGAGUUUUAGAAGCGUUUGACUCUCGGACUCCUGGGGCAACAGAGUACGGCUGUCUUGGAGGGUUAUUGCAAUCGACUACGUAUAUGGCCGGAGUCUCUGGUGGCUCGUGGUUGAUUCUCUCGUUAAUGCAAUACGACUUUGGGCCUAUUAGCGAGCUGAAAGUAAACGGCUCCUGGAAACUCAACUCAUCAUCACUUCGAGGGAUACCCGAGCUCAACAUCAAUUUUAAAGAUUCUCAAAGACUGUUAGGAGAUCUUCCAACCGAUUUCCCGACAGUUACGGUGAAGACCUCAAACUCAUCGUCGUCUUUUAUGGCAUACUUUAAGAGUUUGUUCAGGCUUAACCAGUUGAAAAAGAGCAACAACGAAAUGGACUCAAUCUGGAAUGAAGCUUUACAGUUCUAUGAAACUCUUCAUGAAGAAGUCUCACAACGCAAACAACAUGGAUACAAAACCUCUCUGACGGACUAUUGGGGCAAAGCAAUUGGUGAUAUUAUCUUCUCCAGCAACGGUCCCCAUGAUAUGACCAUGUCAGGUGCUAGAAGCCUAUCAAGCUUUGCAAAUCACAUGCUACCUUUUCCAAUCAUCUUGACCAAUUCUAAAAACGUUUACAAAUCGAAUGAAGGUCACAGAAGAAUAUUUGAAUUCAAUCCGUAUGAAUUUGGAUCAUGGGAACAAUACCUUAAUGCUUUCGUAAAAUUGGACUACUUGGGAACGAAGAUGUUGAACGGGAAGUCAUUGACAGGUUUAUGCACAAUCGGUUAUGACGAGAUGACUUUCAUAGCAGGAACCUCGUCAAGCUUAUUCAACAGUAUUCUAAGUCACUUUUGGAAAUAUAUGGCUAGAUCAAAGAAACAGACAUAUGAUUCUUUGAAAACCAUUCUCAAUGUCUUUGGCUUGACUUCCUGCGAAGACAUCAAUGCCAGCAGGUACGUAGCAGAUUAUGCUCUCAUCUAUCCAAACCCAUUUCACGGAUAUGGCGAUACACCUCUGUCAAGCACGGUCCGAAACUCCACAGAUUUAUAUCUCGUGGAUGGCGGUGAGGAUGAGAACAUUCCAUUUCAGCCAUUCCAUCAGAAAACAAGAGAUGUUGAUGUAAUUAUUGCAAUUGAUUCAAGCUCUGAUGUUGACAGCUUCCCAAAUGGAACAAACAUAGGUCUUACGUCAAGUCAAUACCAAAACUCAAAAUCGUUUUUUGUGUACGACCAAAAACGCUAUGCUAUAUUUCCCAACAUCCCAUCACCUGAAACGUUUGUUGAGAACAAGCUUAAUAAACGCCCUGUGUUCUUCGGCUGUCACAUUCAGUCAGCAUACAGAUAUCUAGGUGAAGCAUCAAAAUACUCCAAUAAGACUUCAGAAAGGUGGCUGCCCCCGCUAAUUGUUUAUAUCCCUAAUACAGGGUAUACAACAAAUUCUAAUAAGUCAACAUUCAAGCUGAGCUAUGAACAGAGUGAAAUGGCAAUGAUGAUUGAGAACGGGUACUCAGUGGGUACUUACGGGAACAACUCCUAUGACCAUAGCUAUUUUCAGUGUAUUGGUUGCGCCAUCAUCAAGCGGGAGCUGGAUACAUCAGGUAGAGAUAUUCCCGAGACAUGCAGAAAAUGUUUUAAAAACUUCUGUUAUAAUUAA